UUUAUUCUUGUUAUGAUGUGGGCAUGGGCAUGUAAAGAUGAUACGUGUGGGCAAUCAGAGUGGAUAAUAGGGCUUCUCCACAUUAUGGAAUUGCAAUGCCCCUGUGCCUGCGUAAAAUCCCUGUUAUGGAAGGCGUGAGAUACUCCCUUCCCAACACCACUGAUGAAGCGGUCGUCAUCACCAUGAUGAGUGAGCCCAAUGCCCAUAGCAUGACCUGCUCAACGCACGCGCGCCCCUCCAUUUCCUCCUCUAUAAAUCGCCACUCCUCCACCACAUUCCUCGCAUCCUAACAAAACUCCAACAACCCGCUUGGACAACAUGCCAUUUCUUUGUACCCAAAGGGGCAGACGACAAUGCUGUAAUGGAGAAGAGAGGAAAGUGCAUGAUCAUCCGUGUAUCGCAUUAUGAUGGAGAAAGUAAGGACGUUGGACCCUGCGCCUUCAUCGACAUAUUACUUACUGUAAACUCUAAUUGUGUGAAAAAGCCUUCCGGAGCUGCUCUGUUUUGGCAAACCUGAAGUGCCCGAGUCUUGGAAUAGUUGAUAAAAUGGCUGGUGGAGGAGUUGGGGGAACAGAGGCCGUGCCUUUUGAAGGGUUCGAGAAGAGGCUGGAAAUGGAGUUCGAAUUCAUGGCAGAAGCAGAGGCAUGGAAGGGCAAAUCAUUAGGGCUCAGAGGUCUGAGUGUGGCAGACUUGAGGGCAAUUCUGAGGGAGGCCCAGUGCAGCAUAGUGGCUGGGCUGAGCAAUGCCCUGUUCGACUCAUAUGUUCUGUCGGAAUCAAGCUUGUUCAUAUACCCAUUGAAAGUGGUGAUAAAGACAUGCGGCAGCACACAGCUCCUGAAAGCAAUCCCUCCGCUUCUGUCCCAUGCAACCCAGAUGUGGUUGAGCGUGAGAGGAUGCAGAUACAGCCGAGGGAGCUUCCUUUUCUCCGCCGCUCAGCCCUUCCCUCACGGCAGCUUCGCUGAGGAAGUCGAAUUCCUGGACCGCCACUUCCCCACGCUCGCCACCAAAGCAUCCUAUGUAAUGGGCAACGACAAUGAGUCGACGAACAUGAGAUGGCAUGUCUAUAGUGCAGUGAGAAAGGAUGAGGAGUCUCUUCGUCCGAACUACACAGUGGAAGUAUGCAUGAGGGAUCUUGACAAAGGGGCAGCUGCCCAUUUCUUCAACAAGACCUCAAAUGAGAUGACAGAGGCGUCAGGCAUUGAUACUCUGCUUGGAAACUGUGAAAUUUGUGAUUUCGCCUUUAACCCAUGUGGGUACUCCAUGAACACCACAGAAAGAGGCGGCGCUGGCUAUUCGACCAUCCAUGUCACUCCCGAGGAGGGUUACAGCUAUGCCAGUUUUGAACUCAUGGAUUACGACCUAACCACUCUGAAUAUGCAACACCUCUUGAACCGGGUUGCCGCCAUUUUCAAUCCUUCCACUUUCUCCAUCUCUCUGUACACAAACCGCCGCAUUCAAUCCAUUCACUCACUUUCCCCUCGCCCUACCAAUUACCAAUGCCAAUCCUCUACCCGCCGCCAACUUCCUGCUGGUGGGCUGCAAGUUUUUCACACAUUCACCAAGCAAAACGACACAAAUUGCAGUGCCCACAAAGUCCCCCUGCCACUGUUUCCCAAGGAGAUCGGGACAGAGGCAGAGGCAGAGGAAGAUGCAGAGGAGGGCAGUUUGAAGGGCAUAAAUAAGAACAUAUGCUAUCGAAUACAGUGCUGCGGAAUGGAUGCUGCUUCCCUGCAGGCAGAUGCAAUAUCUUCUUCUGCGGCGGCUGCUGUGGACAUAGGAAGAAAGUAUUGAUACAAAUCUUCCUGCCAGAUGCUCACGUGAGGUUGGGGUGGAGUUGUGGUGGGGUUUCAUGAAUUUAAUAUGAAUCGUACAGAUUUUUGGUGUCCGGCUUUGUGCAACAAAGCUCAACUAAAUGUCUUGUCGAUGUUCCAGUUUUUGGCUCUCGAUGUUCAAAAUUUUCAUAUCCAUUGGACAGAGUUACUGUGGGACAUUCUCUUCGUACGGCACAAAAAUUGGCGUGCCUUACUAUUUUUGGCCUGCUAAGCAUAAUAUGUGUUUGAAUUUGAUGUUAAUAGUCAAGCUGAUAAUGAACAAAACAGCUUUAAAACCA